GCUCGGAAAUAAGGUGUCUGGGCAGUUGCAGCGCCCUGUUCUGACGUUGUUUCAGCAGACUUUGCAUAGGAAGUAGGGCUAUGCUCUGCCGCAACGCGCGGCCUAGGAGUAGAUGCGUCGCUGUUCUCACCGUCUGUCUCUGCUGUUAGAGAUGGCGGGGUACGUAACGACGUUGUUGGUGAUGUCAGAUGUACAAUGAGCAUGCCUUAUAAUGAACCUUAUGCGCUUAGGGAAUAGCAACCUGCGUCCGUCCCCAGGCCUGUAUCUCGGGCCUUUCCUGAUAGGCACGGUGGUCUCCGCUAUCUUCUUCGGCAUGCUCUGUCUGCAAUGUUAUGUCUUCUUCAAGCAGUCAGGCGGAUUGCGCAAGCACCCACUGGCACGGUCGCUAAUUGCAGCGAUAUGGCUCCUAAGCUCCUUCAGCCUGUUCUCUUCGAUAUGGACGUGCUACCUGGCUAUGAUCCUUCUUGUCUUUCUCCUCAGACUCCUGCGCCAGAACGACUUCCUAUUUCUCGGAUUCUACAUCCCUUACGGCACCAUGUAUGCCAAUGCUCUUCUAGGAUUCCUGAACACUAGAUUUAUCGCCGAAGGCAGUUGCGACAAGACCAAACAAAGAUUCGAGCUGAGGGGCCUAAGUAGUCCCAUAGAUCCGAGCACCGAGCUCGCCAUACAUGCCGAGAUACAGCACGCGAAGGACGACGGUGUGGGCUUGCAAACCAGAGCUGACAUACCGCUUACCGUGCACGUCGAAACGACUGUAGAGAUGGAGAAGCUCAAGACAGCGCUGUGAUGUGCCAGUGAAAGUCGUUCCGCUUCUGCCCUAAUUUAAUUCGUGUAUCGUUACACUCCUACACUCAGUUUAUCGCU